GACAAUCACAGUCAGGCAGUCACUGUCCCCGAGAGCUGAAAUGGCGCAGAGCGGAGUUAAGCGGGACCAGGAAGCAAUUUCUUGUUCCAACACCAUGUCAGCAGAUUUAGUGAAGGAACCGAGAGAGACUGGACUCCAAGCUGCUCCUGCUGAUCACCGCUAUGCUGGAGCUGAAGAUGUGGCCUGUGAUUUCUGCACCGGGAGAAAACGGAAAGCCAUCAAGUCCUGUUGGACGUGUCAGGUCUCUUACUGCGAUCAACACCUCCAGCCUCAUUAUUAUGUUCCUCCAUUCAAGAAACACAAGGUGGUGAAGCCCUCCAGGAAUCUCCAGGAGAACGUCUGCUCUCGUCAUGAGGAGGUGAUGAAGAUUUUCUGCCGAACUGAUCAGCAGCUUAUCUGUUCUCGUUGUUCUGAGGAGGAACAUAAAGGCCACGACACAGUCUCAGCAGCAGCAGAGAGAGCUGAGAGGCAGAGAGAGCUCGAGGGGAGUCGACAAAACAUCCAGCAGAGAAUCCAGGACAGAGAGAAAGAUGUGAAGCUGCUUCAACAGCAGGAGGAGGCCAUUAAUGUCUCUGCUGAUAAAGCAGUGGAGGACAGCGAGAAGAUCUUCACUGAGCUGAUCCGUCUCCUGGAGAAAAGACGCUGCGAUGUGGAGCAGCAGGUCAGAUCACAGCAGAAAAGUGAAGCGAGUCGAGUCAAAGAGCUUCAGGAGAAGCUGGAGCAGGAGAUCACUGAGCUGAAGAGGAAAGAUGCUGAGCUGAAGAAGCUCUCACACACAGAGGAUCACAACCAGUUUCUACACAACUACCCCUCACUGUCACCACUCAGCCAAUCAACAUCCAGCGUCCAUAUCCGUCCUCUGAGCUGCUUUGAGGACGUGACGGCGGCCGUGUCAGAAGUCAGAGAUAAACUACAGGAUGUCCUGAGAGAGGAGUGGACAACCGUCUCACUUAAAGGGACUAAAGUGGACGUUUUACUGCCACCACCAGAGCCCAAGACCAGAGCUGAUUUCUUAAAAUAUUCACGUGAAAUCACACUGGAUCCAAACACAGCAAACACAUGGCUGUUAUUAUCUGAGGGGAACAGGAAAGCUACAUUCAUGAGAGAAAAACAGUCUUAUAUGAGUCACCCAGACAGAUUCACUGACUGGUAUCAGGUCCUGAGUAGAGAGAGUCUGACUGGACGUUGUUACUGGGAGGUGGAGAGUAGAGGAGGAGGAGUUCAUGUAGCAGUCGCAUACAAGAAUAUCAGCAGAGCAGGGAGCAGGGAUGAAUGUGGAUUUGGACGAAAUGACAAAUCUUGGACGUUUGAUUGUGAAAAACUCAGAAUUAAUUUGUAUUUCAGAGACCUAAUUCGCGUCUCACGGUCCUCCAGAGUAGGAGUGUACCUGGAUCACAGUGCAGGUAUUCUGUCCUUCUACAGCGUCUCUGAAACCAUGACUCUCCUCCACAGAGUCCAGACCACAUUCACUCAGCCGCUCUACGCUGGAUUUCGGUUUGAUACCUGGUUUAGACUUUCUACUUUGUCCACUGCUGAGUUUUGUAAACUCAAAUAGACAGAAGUCAUUUUAGAGCUUGAAGACGUAGAUGUGACGUGAGCAACCUGUCUGAAA